CUCGGCGCUGAGGGCCAGUGCCAGAGCUUUAUUAUUGCGUUUUAAGGAGACCUUAACUAUGGAAGAGUUGUCUACAGGCAAAAUAAAAGGAGAAAAAAGAUGUAUCCACCGCCUCCUGAGACGCCAUGGUUGAAGAGCCCUGAGAGAGAGAGAGACAGCGCGAGCGAGCAAGAGAGGGAGCAAGAGAGCGAAACUCCUGUACUCCAGCACCACGAGAGGCGCAGGCAGAGUCAACGGGGGAGCAGCAGCAGUCGACUCACUGCGGUGAAGACACCACGAGCAUUGUUUCUAAGCAACAGACGAAAGCUUCAGCCUUGUGCGAAGCAGUAGCCUAGUUUCCUUCAGCUGCAGCAGAGGAACAACAGCAUCAAGAGUGAAUUCCAUCCUAAAGCUUCCAGGAAAUAGAGAGAUUCCAAAGCCCCGAUCCUUUUAAUAACCAUUGGACCAGCCAGAGAAUCUGACGCAGGCUGGAUCUUAGUGCACAGUCUGGGUUGUGGCAGCCUCCCCACCAACUAGAAACCCACCUCCACCCCCAUCCAUGGAAAGGAAACGCCUAAAAAAAGAGAUUGAAAAACUCUUGGGAGAUUAUGUUGGCAUCAGACUUCGGGAAAAUGAAUUCGACCCGAAAGGAAGACAGCAGCCCACCUUUCUCGAUGAUAUGGCUCAUUACGACUUGGCCAUCAGUGUUGCUUUACUGUGGCUGAAUGAUUCAGAAGCCCAAAGUCCUUUGGCAGAAGGGAAAAGGAAUUUGCCGCUUCACAGCAGAUACAUCUAUCCCAACCGAACUGAGAGAGAAGCCAUGAUUUUAUCAUUUUACGCUGGGACCUUAAUGAACAGCAUCCCCAUUGAAGACGUCUUUGGGAUUUACAGCACGGGGCCUUCGGCAACAGGCUGGCACCGCUCUGCCAAAGGUCACUGGAUUCACCCUUUCAACCUCUCUUUGCAUCCUUUUGCCAUGCUGACAGCCCCAAAAGCUGCAGAACAUGCCUGGAAACAGAGUGUCAAGUUUCAAAAGGCAGCAGCAAAUCAACAUGCCACCACCAAUUCAACUAGAACAAAUAAGGACUGCAAGCAAUCAGAAUCUCCAUCAACAGCAAAUCAGCCAGACAACAAAGGGUCUAGAAAACAGCUUAAGCAAGGAAUCUUUCCAGAGGACCUUGCACCGAAGAGUGGAAAGGAAGCAGAGAUGUAACUAUGGGUACGUCUUCACUUACUGGAGGGUCCGGCGGCAGGCAAUCGAUGUUCUGGGAUCGAUUUAUCGCGUCUGGUUUAGACGCGAUAGAUCGAUCCAGGAUCGAUCCUGGAAGUGCUCGCCGUCGACGCCGGUACUCCAGCUCGGCGAGAGGAGUACGCGGCAUCGACGGGGGAGCCUCCGUGCCGCGUCUGGACCCGCGGUAAGUUCGGACUAAGGUACUUCGAAUUCAGCUACAUUAUUAACGUAGCUGAAUUUGCGUACCUUAGUCCGAAGUGGGAACUUAGUGGGGACCAGGCCAAAAAGCCAAGUCUCAUGUAGGGUGACAAGACAGCAAGUGUGAAAAAUCGGGAUGGGGUGGGGGGGUAAUAGGCUUCUAUAUAAGAAAAAGUCUCAAAUAUCGGGACUGUCCCUAUAAAAUCGGGACAUCUGGUCACCCUAGUCUCAUGACUCUUACCCAAGACAGUGGUGUGCAAUUCAUUUUUGAGAGUUGGGGAGGGUUAGUCCCUAGAUUUUGGUGAGGUGGGUGUGCUACUUUUGUAUUUGAAUGGCUGUUUUAGCCCCCUUGGCUCGGUUAUGGAAACAGGCCGCCUACCUCAAGGUGGAGCACAUUAUCCUCAUGUUCAUCUUUAAGUGUUACUGUUCCUUUCCAUAUUAGUUGCCACUUGAUUUCUUGAAGGGGUGAGCUAAAGCUAGCAGUUGUACCCCUAGUUUUCAACACAGCUUUCACAUGGUCGCUUAGCAUUUCUCCAUCCCUUUUCUGUAUCUUUAAUAGCUCACUCCCAUGCUGAUGUAGGCCCUGAUUCAGCAAAGACCUUUAGCACGCUAACAAGACCAUCUUGGUUCAGCAAAGCAAGUGCUUAAGUCCCAUUAAGUCAAUGGGGCUUCCGUGCUUUGCAGAAUCAGGAUGCCUUGCUCAAUCAGGGCCACAGGGUCUGACCCAGUUCCUAUUGAAGGCAAGGAGAGGUUUUCAAUUAACUUUAAUAUGAGUUGUAUUAGGCCCAAUCUGAGUAGAAAUUCUCAUUGAUAAGGGACGUUUCUGAUGCUAUGGACAGAGUGAUAUAGUUAUUCUUUAUGUUUUAUCUUGCACAUUAAAAUGCUAUAGGGUUAAAAACAACUAAGAAUAGCCAGAGCAUAUCCGUCAGUACAGACAAUUGUCUCAGAAGUGCCUAGCUAUGCUGGUGUGUCGUACAGUUGCAUUAAUACAAGCCCCAGGCAUGGUAUUGUAUACUAACUAUGUAUGCAAAAGAAAAUAAAACCUUUAAAACAACA